GCGGUCUGUCAUUGGCUAAGGAGCGAGUGCUGCUCUGUAAUUCAGUACAAACAUAAUGAAGGCAACAAAUCGACCUUAAAGCACAAAUAUCUUAUUAAUAAUUCAGAGAUUGUUUCCAUCUGGUUUAAAAUUGAGUCUGUGGCAGGUGAAUGCGGAGGAACUUCAGGUGUAAGGACAUUAUUAUUAUUAUAAUUUUGAAGUAAACCAUGCUAGCAGUGCUAGCUCGUUAGCCACCGUUCCGCUGCCUCUUCAUGGCUUUCUGCUGCUGAUUCUGCCAACACGUUCAUGCCAUCAGCCAGGAGUUCGGGUCCUGUUAUGAGCGGGGCGAGCUGCAAAGCUAACGGGGCCGUGUACCCCGUCUCAUCCGCGGUCAUGAACCCGGUGAAGAAGCCCAAGAUGGAGCAGAUCCAGGCCGACCAUGAGCUCUUCUUGCAGGCCUUUGAAAAACCAACUCAGAUCUACAGGUUCCUUCGCACAAGAAACCUGAUCGCACCCGUAUUUUUGCACAGAACACUCACCUUCAUGUCCCACAGAAAUAAUCGAACUAACGCCAGAAGGAAAACGUUCAAAGUGGAUGACAUGUUGAAAGCUGUGGAGAAAAUGAAGGGAGAGCAGGAUUCUCCAAGCUUGUCUUCACAUCUUCAAUUAACAUUCACUGGGUUCUUCCAUAAGGAUGAAAAGCCAUCUCAGAAUUCUGAGAAUGAUCAAAAUUCUGUGUCCUUAGAGGUGCUACUUGUCAAAGUCUGCCAUAAAAAACGCAAGGAUGUCAGCUGCCCGGUAAAACAAGUGCCUACAGGUAAAAAGCAGGUGCCUUUAAACCCCAACUCUAACCACAGCAAGCCGGGCUCCUGCCCUUCCUUGCUCGUCCCCAGCUGUGAGUUUGAGCCCAGCAACAGCCACAUGGUCAAGUCCUAUUCGCUCCUCUUCAGGGUGUUGCGCAACGGCAGGAGGGACACCAAAGGCCUGCUUAACGGAGAGACCAACGAAAAUAUUGAUGUAACAGACACUCCCAGUAGGAAGAAGAGGAGUUCAGCCCAUAGAGAGGAGGAAGACCCCACAGAGACCUACGUCGCACAGAUGACUGUCUUUGACAAGAACAGGAGACUGCAGCUGCUAGACGGAGAGUACGAGGUGUCCCUGCAGAGGAUAGAGGAGAGUCCUGUGAGCAAGAAGCGAGCCACGUGGGAAACCAUCCUCGAUGGGAAGAGAAUGCCACCAUUUGAGACGUUUUCUCAGGGACCCACGCUGCAGUUCACGCUGCGCUGGACAGGAGACGCCAACGGGAAGUCCACGGCUCCUGUGGCCAAACCUCUCGCUACACGCAACUCUGACAGCUUCGGUCCGAUGGAGACCAGAACCAGCCACCACCGGGCCGCCCUCAUGACAGUGAAGCAGUCGGUCAGCACAGACAUCCAUACGAGGAAGGAACUGGUCCCCAGUGAGCCGCGACAGAAGCUGCGUAUUUUUUAUCAGUUCUUGUACAACAACAACACCCGGCAGCAGACGGAGGCGAGAGAUGACCUUCACUGUCCUUGGUGUACUCUGAACUGCAGCAAGCUCUACAGUCUGCUCAAACACCUCAAACUCUCCCACUCCAGAUUCAUUUUCAACUAUGUGCCUCACCCCAAAGGAGCGAGAAUAGACGUGUCCAUCAACGAGUGCUACGACGGCUCGUACGUGGGCAAUCCUCAGGACAUCCACAGCCAGCCGGGCUUCGCUUUCAGCCGAAACGGACCUGUGAAGAGGACGCCUGUCACUCACAUCCUGGUUUCCAGGCCUAAGAGGACCAAACCAAGUCUGUCCGAGUUCCUGGAGUCUGAGGACGGAGAGCUGGAGCAGCAGAGGACGUACGUCAGUGGACACAACCGCCUCUACUUCCACAGCGACAGCUGCGUGCCGCUGCGUCCUCAGGAGAUGGAACUGGACAGCGAGGACGAGAGAGACCCGGAGUGGCUCCGAGAGAAAACCGCCACGCAACUGGAUGAGUUCACAGACGUGAAUGAGGGGGAGAAGGAGGUGAUGAAGCUGUGGAACCUUCAUGUCAUGAAGAACGGUUUUAUAGCAGACAACCAGAUGAAUCAGGCCAUCGUGCUUUUUGUGGAGGACUGCGGUGCUCACAUCAUCCGCCGGAGCCUCUGCCGCAAUUUCCUCCUGCACUUAGUCAGCAUGCACGACUUCAACCUGGUGAGCACGGCCACCAUCGACCGCACCAUGGCACGCCUGCAGCAGAUUCAAGAGGAGCUGCCGGACGUUGAGGAGCAGCGGGAUCAGAGCGCAGCAGCGUACAACAGCAGCGCCGCCACAUCCAGCGGGGGGAAGCAGGGCAAGAGGACAAAAAGUGCGCUGACAGACUGACGUGAGGAACAACCGCCGAGUCUGGUUGGUCUGUUUUCUCCUAACUGGUGCUUAGAUAGGUGGACAGCCAGGUCUCCAGACCUGACGUGGACCAGCACACAAACCGAGCAGGCUUUUUUUUUUUACACGAGAACUGAACCAAAUCUGAACAGUCUGGAAGUGAAACAGCUGCAUGUGCAGAAACCAGGAGUGGACGAUGAGCUCAGCUUUUCAUACGAGCUUCUGCUCGGCUGCUUCCAGCAGCAGCCGACUGUACGCGCAGUUAAAACUGUACCCGUUGUCACUGCUCGUUGUACACCCAUGUUUAAGACUUUUAGCUGAUUAUUUUAGCACUUCUUCAUGGUAUUUAGAAGGUUGACCUUGACGUUGACUUUUAUACGACAACACCCUUUAAUGUCAAAGACCACACAGGUGAGAG